AUGUGCAGUCGCGAAGUUAUUUUCUUUUCAGCCAAUUUUGAACAGUCUGUCGUAUCUCGUUUGCCCGAAGGUUUGCCACACGGAGUUUAUUAUGGUUUUGCACAGGUCGAUAAUGGUCCAAUCCACCGAAUGGUUAUGAGUAUCGGUAAAAACGUUCAAUUUGGGGAACAAAGCAAAACUAUGGAGACGCAUAUUCUACAUAAAUUUGAAAAAGACUUUUACGGCUCCUUCCUAAAAUCGCUGAUAAUUGGCUACAUUCGGCCAAUGAAAAGUUUCGGUUCGUUAGACGAGCUAAUUCAAGCGAUUCGUUCCGACAUUACCUUUGCUAACAAGCAGCUGAGUUUAGGCAAGAACGAAGUAAGCCGGUUUAGUCACUUUUUCUAA